GUUGUCUUGGCCUGCACAGUGUCCUGCGGGUUGUGUAGAAAGCAAACUGGGGAGGGACAUUUCUGCACACCUCUUGAGUUUCUUCAAAGAGCUGCAGAGAGGCACAGGGGAGGAGGGAUAUCACAGAGAGGAGGGUAGAGAGGCGAAAUCAUCCCAUCCUCCAGCUGUGAUCAGGGCACUGCUGCUUGAGUCCGUGUUCCUCGGCUCUCACAUGUUAACAGGAUAAAAUGCUGAAGUUCUUCUCUGCGCGGGAUGACGAGAAUGAAAGCCUUUUGGGAGCGAUAACUGAGGAUGAAGGAGACAAUCCGUCUCUUCAGGACACCAAGCACCACUGGCUGAACAGACCCUGCCUGCUGGUGCUCAAAGAUGGGGAUGUGUCCAAACCAGGACUGGGUUGCGGUCAAAUCAGACCAGAAUCUCCGUCUAAGACCUCUUCAGACACAUCAGUCAGAAGCAGCUUCGGGCCAUGUGAGCAGAAACCAUCUGAACAUCCUGCCAAAACUGCUUCACCCUCCCAGCUGGAGGAAGGCAGCUGCACUGUGACCGCCAUCUCCACAUGGGGUGAGAGUUGUUUCGGGGAGUCUUCCAGCCCCUUGGUGCUGAGCCCCGCCGAGGCUGCGUGGCCAGAGGAGGAGGACGAAGAGGUGGCAGAGGAGGAGAAGAAGCCGACCCAUGCUCUCCUAUCAAAGGAGGACUCUGUGGUUGAGGAGAAGGAACUGGAGGAGAGCAGGCUGGAGCAGCAAGAGCAGUCCUGCAGCUCAGAGGCGACAGCAGCAUCCUCUACUCUCUCACAUGAGGAGACACAUGGCCAGUUUAAGAUGGUCAGAUCUAAGGAAGGAGACGAAAUGAACAGCAGCAAGGCCCAGGCAGCCAGUGGGGAUGGAGCGAUGGGGGACUGUGCAGCUUCGCCUCUGGAUCCUGACAACGAAUCCCAGCUGAGCCCCGUUGGGAUUCUAUCCAAGGAUCGAGGCACUGUCCUCGGGGAGGUAGCUCCAGUGUGGGUUCCUGAUGCUCAGGCACAGGUCUGCAUGAAGUGUGGGGUCAAGUUUACAUUUACCAAGAGGAGGCAUCACUGCCGUGCUUGCGGAAAGGUUUUUUGUGCACUUUGCUCCAAUCUGAAGUUCAGACUCACACAUCUGGAUGGCAAGGAGGGACGAGUUUGUGUUUCCUGUCAUUCAACCCUCCUCAAAAGUACGCCUCCGAGGGGAAAAAGGAGGGUGUGGUUUGCAGAGGACAUGCUCCCCAAUAAGCAGUCAGAGUCUGCUCCGACCACACCAGUCAGAGGGUUCUCACCGCUGAUUAGACGGGCGCUGGACGGGCGGGUUAGAAGUCCUGUGGGUUCACCACAGAUCAGGAGAGCCUUGCGGCCACAUGGGACAAAUAUCAAUGAGGCCUGUGGUCCUUAUGGCUGGGGCACCACAGCUUUAGUGAGCAGCUCGGUCAACCUCAUCCCCCUGGAUGGCCUGCCACCCAUCCUCACCUCCACAGGAGUCAAAGGAGAUUACACUGUGGAGGAGCAGCCUUCUGAGAUGCUGCUUAUUCAGGAGUUGGAGAGUGGCAGGCCCAAGCCCCUGGUGUUUGUCCUCAAUGCCAACCUACUUGCUAUGGUCAAGCUGGUCAACUAUGUUAACAGGAAGUGCUGGUGUGUGACGACAAAGGGAAUGCAUGCUGUGGGCCAGGUGGAGGUGGUGGUGCUGCUGCAGUGCCUUCCUGAAGAGAAAAGCUUCCCCAAAGACAUUUUCAGCCACUUCAUCCAGCUGUACAGGGACACCCUCACAGGAAAGGUUGUGAAACACCUGUCGCUGUCCUUGUUUGGCAGUAGUUUCCUAGGCAGCGAGGAGCAUGCGGGCUUCCUGUACAUACGCUCCACUCUCCAGUCCCUUCAAGGUCUACCUCUGCCAAACCAGCCCUACCUCUUUGGCCUGCUGGUCCACAGAGCAGAGGUGACCUGGGCCAAAGCCUUUCCUUUGCGUCUCAUGCUGCGAUUGGGGGCCGAAUACAGAUUUUACCCGUGUCCUCUGUACAGUGUGCGCUUAAGGAAGCCCUUGUUUGGGGAAAUUGGCCAUACCAUAAUGAGACUGUUAGUUGACUUUAGGAAUUACCGUUACAGCCUACCAAUGGUGCCAGGGCUCACUGUGGAUCUAGAAGCUCAGAGGACCUGCAUAAAGAUACCGACCACUGGGUAUAAUGAGCUAAUGAAGGCUUUGAAUAAAUCCAAUGAGCAUGUGCUUGCCAUUGGGGCGUGCUUCAAUGAGACUGCAGACUCCCACCUCAUCUGUGUGCAAGGAGAGGAUGGCCAGUACCAGACCCAAGCCAUCAGCAUCCACAAUCAGCCGCGCAAAGUCACUGGAUCAUGCUUUUUUAUAUUCAGCAGUGCACUCAAAGCAUCUGCAGGAUACCUUGCAAAGUCCAGCAUCGUAGAAGAUGGGCUGAUGGUGCAGAUCACCGUGGAAACCAUGGCGGAGCUCCGCAGGUCGCUACGGGAGAUGAAAGACUACACUGUCACCUGUGGACGUCUUGACCAAUCAGACAGCCAGGAACGUGUUUGUGUACAGUGGGUGGAGGAGAAAUGCGCUGUGAAUAAGGGAGUUAUCAGCCCCAUCGAUGGGAAAUCCAUGGAGUCCAUCAGCAGUACCAAGAUGUUUCAGAAGUCAGAGUACAAAGAAAACGGGAAGAUUAUCCGCUGGACAGAAGUGUUCUUCCUGCAGAGGAGGGAUCAUCCCAAAGGAGGAGCGAGUGAUUCUGCUGAACACGACCGGUUAACGGAGCGGAUCGCCCGGGCGUUUUGCUUGGCGCUGUGUCCACACCUCAAACUGUUGAAAGAGGACGGGAUGGCCAAACUGGGUCUGCGUGUCGCUUUUCACUCUCAAGAGGUGGGAUUUGUAGCUGGGAGCAAUGGGCAGCCCCUCCCAGCUCAGUACCUAAACGCCCUGGAUAGCGUGCUGAUCCCCGUCAUCCACAGCAGGGGGCGCAAGAGAGGUGACAAGCCUAUGGUGAUGGAGCUUAUCUUUUACAUCCUGGAGAACAUCACUUAGAAGACACACACACACACACACGCACACACACACACACACACACACACCCUUGUUUCAUCUUUUUAACCCUGACCAUAACUCUGUCUUUGGCACUUCUCAUCAGUGCUGCUGUCAGUUUCAGGACAAUAAAAGCAUUCAAAGGGCGAACCAGACCACAUCCAAGGUCUGCAUCCAUCUCAUCCACUCACGAGUAGAGAGAAGUGGUCUGACUCUUAGUGAUUUUAUGAUCUCACCCUGCCCUGCCACAAUCUGGGUACGCAUGAAACCUAGGAUGGACCAUCAGAUCACUGUACACCGUACACUGUACAGCAGUAGCAACUUCAUAGCUUGAUAUCAUUUACAUCACAAUGUUCAAUACAAAUUCCCGUAUGGAGAAUACCUUUAAAAGUGGGAGCUGGAUUCAGCCCCACGACCUUAAAGCAAAGAGAAAAAGAGAAUGACUUGAAGAACAGUAUGUAGUAUACUGUAUAUGUAGCAAUUUGAUGCACACUGAAUGAAUGCCUAAAUAAUGUUUUCUUACUGGAUGUAUUUUAAUGGAUUGCUAUUGAAAUGUAAUGUCAGCCUGGAAUUAAACUUGCAACAACGAA